AUGGGAAUCGCAGGCAUUCCAUCGAUGAUGACAGCCGCUCAAGUUGUCCAGCUGAACAAACCCCAUGAGCUGAACCAGGUAGAAACAUUCCAUGAACUGAGGUCCCAUGAUCUUCUUAUCAAGACUGUGGCGGCAUCUCUCUGCCACACUGAUCUCAUGAUAAUCGAUGGAACACUCCCUGCGUCCCUACCGAUGACAGCAUCGCACGAAGGGGCUGGGAUAGUCAUUGCUACAGGUGACGCUGUGAACAACAUCAAAGUAGGCGAACGUGUGAUGAGUGGAUUGCCGCUCAACCUGUGUGGACAGUGUGAGGACUGUCUAGGUCCUGAGGAUCGAGUUCAAUAUUGCAAACAUACUGAAGGGUCUAUCGGACUUGGUAUGGAUGGGGCGUUCGCAGAUUAUCACGUGGCAGAUAGCAGGACCACUUCUCUGAUCCCAGACACUGUCAACUUUGCAGAGGCUGCAGCCUUAGCCUGCGCAGGUCGCACAGUCUAUCGCGCAAUCAAAAUAUGUGGACUAGGUGUAGGAGACUAUCUUGCAAUCAUUGGAGCAGGAGGCGGCUUAGGUCAUCUUGGGGUGCAGUUUGCACAGGCGAAAGGUUUCAAAGUUAUCGCGAUUGAUGCGAGAGAUGCAUCACUUGAGUUGUGCAAGGAGAUUGGAGCAGAUCAUGUGCUCGAUGCAAGGGACGGUCAGCACAGGAUCAUUGUUGAGGUUCAAAAGAUUACUGGGACAUCUGGGGCCAAUGCUACACUCAACCUGAGCGCCCACCCGACUGCGACGCAAAUGGCAUGCGCCGUGACUAAAGAUCAUGGUACUAUGAUACAGGUGGCUGGACCUGAGAAGACCACGAUAUCCAUCUUCGACCUGGUUUUUCGCGAUAUUAACAUCAAAGGCACCAUGUUAGCAGGAAGUAAAUGCUCUGCUGAAAUGCUUGAGGAGUAUGCUAAGCAUGGAUUGAAAGUUCAGAUGGAAACGUUCCAUGGUCUCAGACAGGUCCCGGAAAUGGUGCUUGCCCUACAUUCUGGCGCAUUGAAAGGCAAAGCAGUUUGUGUCGUGGAUGCAGAUCGAUAUGCCGAGGACAUUGCCCAAUAG